CAACAGUACGCAUCAGUAUCAUUUGCUACUCAGUAAGGAGACUGUUCCUCUUCCCGAAUAUACUUCAGAGUAUCGUAAAUAUGAAGUGUUUGGCUUGCUGUGUCCUGUUGCUGGUGAUUUUGCAGAGAUAUCAAAGCAACGCGAGCGAAGCUUUCUGGAGAAAAAUAUUUGGAAUACCAGAACCAGAAUACCAGCAACCAAUAUACGUACCAAUACCAAUGCAGGGUGCUCCACCACCAUCAAUUAACUUCAUGAAUUCUAUGCAAAAUCCGUUUCAGGCACAAAAUUCGUUUCAGGCACGGAAUCCGUUCCAGGCACAGAAUCCGUUCCAGGCACAGAAUCCGUUCCAGUCACGGAAUCCGUAUCAGUUUCAAUAUCCAUUCCCUUCUCCCCAGAGUCCUUACCGUUUCCAAUAAAUGGUUUUCCAACUUUCGGACAACGUUAAGUCAUCAACAGUUUACCUAUCGAACUUUAACCUUCCACUAUUGUCAUAAGGUUGAAAAUCUGUUGAAGAAAUUCGACAGAUUCAGAUAGGUUGACGUGCUGUCUCUGUAUGUCGUCUCUAUGUCGUCUUUAGAGUUUAAGUCCUAUAAAUGUUAUAGUAUUACUUGUAUCUAUUUUAAAUCCUGUACUUGUAGGCCUCUGUAUCAAUAAUUUUGGUGUAAUGUACCUGUUUGUUUCCCAAAUAAAAUAAAAUUAAAAAAUAUGUUUACCUG